GCCUUCUCUCCUCAGUUUAAACCAGAGAGUAGAGCAAAGAGUAGUGUUUACACAGUGAUUCCGUUCUAGAGUGCUCAAACACAGUUUUUAUGUUUUGACAUCGGCAUUCGGCGGUCAUAGAAUUGGUCAAAUUAAUACUUUCUUAAAAACAUCACUGCCGUCAUUUCAACGGUGGUGAAUGCUCGACUAGUUCGACAACUAGUCGAAGUUUUAGUGUCGACCAGAUCUUUAAAUCCGUCAUCACGUUGAACUUUGGAGAUUUGUCCGGAGCACCUUACAGCUCCGGAAACCAUAGUGGAGGAGGGUCAGAUAACGAGUCCGAGCAUCAAGUAAAAUCUUUAAUGGAGCUGCAGCAACAAGGAAUACCUGGCUACGGGCACUAUAGAAGUUUAUACAACAACGGAGGGGGAAACCAUGAUCCAGGUUUUCCCCCGCAGAGAGGGCACAUUGGGUACCCUUUCCCCCCUAUGCCCGGGCAAAACUAUGCCGGGUAUGCCCACCUUGGAUAUCCCUCCAGUCAAUCUCCAGGACCAAGAGAAGGAGACAGUGUAGUUGAACACGGUGAGCUGAUAACCCGUGUGAACGGGAAAGGGAAGAAAAUUAGGAAGCCGAGGAGCAUCUACAGUAGUUUACAGAUCCAACAGCUAGAGCGCAGGUUCCAGCGUACACAGUACCUCGCGCUGCCAGAGCGAGCUGAACUUGCGGCCAGCCUAGGAAUUACACAGACACAGGUAACACAUCGUUGUUGAUUAAAAACUUAAUGAAUAAUUGUUUGGUUACACGGGAUAAUUAACUUUGACCCACAAAGGAUGAAACUUCAGAGACGACAGUACGGAACUAAUUUAUUCCUAUUUUCUACAUCCCCGGCUCCAAAGCUUUACAUGUCUCAUUUCCUUAAAAAACCAAUUUAGAGACUAUUUUCAA